CUUUGUGGUGUAUUCAAUUGAAUAUAGGUUGAAGAGGAUUUGCAAAUCAUUGUAUUCUGUUUUUAUUUACAUUUUACGCAACAUCCCAACUUCAAUGGAAUUGGGGUUGUACUACCCCAGCAGAGGUAAUUUCCUAGUUGCAAUCAAACUGGUUCUCUAAACAUGACUAAAAUCCCCUUUUCACCUGGAAAUCUCUUUGGAAAUGGACGCCUUAGCGGUGUGCAACUGAAAGACUGAUUUGUGUCUGUUUGUGCAUAAAUACAUGUUUGAAACAGCCUUAAAUGGAUGAAAAAUUGCUUUAAGGUCAAAUGCAUAGCUACUCCAGGCGAUACCCUAAUUUGGCAAUGUGCAAUGUCCUGACCCAAAUUCAUGUCCAAUUCCAGCAGACCAUCAAAGGCAAACCUGUUGUCUCAACACAUACUAAUGUUAACGCCCUGCACACCUGUUUAUCCCAACCCCAAAGUGAGUACACAUUUUACAUGUCCCGAACUCAUCAUCCCCCCUCCUGUCCAGCUCGACAUCAGUAGAAAUGCAAAUGUUCCCAUUAGGCUCAUUGUUCCCACAUCAUCUCACCACUAAAUGAAUCAUUACCAAGUCAAUACAGCCAAGGAUGGAGAACACAAACAACUGUUUGGGCAUUAAAACACAGCCUAAAUUAAUUCAUCUUUGUGAAAGGAUUGUAGGUGAAGGUGAAAGCACUCUGCAUCAACAUGUCCAGUGAUCAGGAUGGGGGUUUGGCAUUACGCUGCUGUCUUUGAUUGUGUUCAGCCAAAAAGUACAAAUACUUAACUGAUUCUUGAACGUGCAGUCACUUAUGCAUGUUUGUGUUGUAUGUAAUUUUACAUUACAUUGCACUCUUAAAUAAAAGCAAAAAUUAAGUCCCAAAAAAUGCAUCUUACAACUGCCAAACUCCUGUGACCUUCACUAACACUGCAAUAUAUUGUUUAUAUAUAUAUAUAUAUAUAUAUAUAUAUAUAUAUAUAUAUAUGUAUAUCUUGAGAGUGACGUUUUAUGUAUAUUCAGUUGAUCUCUGAAUAUCACAUAUACAGUUUAAAAAUUAACAUAAUUAGAGCCUGAUCUGACUCAGUUUACAGUUUUGUUUUUUUUGUUGUUGCAACAAUGCAACACUUUUUAAAACAGCCAAUAAAGGAUAAUAUGUAAGAAUUAAGUCUGAAUAAGUGAGCCAAUGGGAUGGCCCCGUGUAAUCAAACCCCGCCUCCAGAGGUGACCACACCCGUCACCGUUAUAAACUGCUGCAGGUAAACUAUUUUUGUUUGUACGUUCUUGUCUUUUUUUCGGUCACUGUUUAUAUUCGCGAUACUUUUAUUUCAUUUUUAGUAAUUAGUGUUUUCUAGCAGCAGUGUUUCCCCUUAUUGUGAAGUAUCAGAAAUGGCAGAGUGGAAGGCGCGGAUAAGUUAUAACAGGUCGUAUCACGCCUAUGCCUACGGCCUGAUGUACCAACCGGGAGCAGAGCAAAGUUCGGGGAACCCGAGCGGCUGGGUCGACGGUGGCGUGGCCGACAUGUGUGAUUACACCCCGGGUAAGACUCAGACUUAUUAUCCCGCCGCCAACAGCAAAACACAUGAGGAGUCCGGCCCUCACGUUCCCGACCAGGGCGCCGUCAGCGGCCACCGUCACUACCAGAGCUCGGGCGGGCUGGUCUACCUGGGUGACCCCCAGUCAGGCCGCCUGGUCCUGACCCCGCCGCACCGGCCUGCCUACGACAGCCGGACCAACGAGGCCAGACGCACCGGAAGCGACUCGACGAGCGACUCGGAGUCGCACAUCUCUCCAGACUCAUGGAGUUCCAGCAGCAGCAGAGAGGGGAGUCUUCCUCAGGUAGAUCCUGCAACAUGGGCAAAGAAUGAGCUGUAUGUCGAGCCAAACAGCACGAGCCCUGAUGCCAGCGAGGAUGUUUCCAGUUCGCUCAUGUUGGAGCCACAGAACUUUGCUGUUACAAGCAAAGAAGGACCCGACGAUGGCGCUGCUCUAGAUUUGCCAUCAUCUGCCGCAACAAAGCCAAAAACCCCUGCACCUGCUGCACACAACAAGGGGAAGGCCCGGACCACCUUCACAGAGGGUCAAAUGAAUGCUCUUGUACAGCGCUUCAGUGCACAGCGGUACCUCACCCCAGCUGAAAUGAAGAACCUGGCGGAUGUCACAGGGCUGAGCUACAAACAGGUUAAAACUUGGUUUCAGAAUCGAAGGAUGAAGCUGAGGAGACAUCAGAAAGACAACAGCUGGGUGUCUGAGCGCUACACCAUCAACAAGAACAAUGGGAAUUCUGGAGGCUUCUUCCCCAACAUUCCUCCACACGUUCAAGCAUAUCAGGGAAAGGCCCCCACCCAGUACAGGGAGCACUACAGCCAGCACACGAUGGAGGAACCCUUUCAGCCAACACCCCACAACCUGACCUUUUACGUGGCUACUAUGAGCAGUACUUCUGGAUCCACUGGGUACCCCUCAUGGUCCUCUGGCCUGCCCCAAACUGCCGUACCUGCGAGGCCCCAGGCCAAUGGCUGGCCCAUGAACCCAGGUGUCAGCUUUUACGACUACAGUCACAACAGACUGAACUCAGUCAGCCUCCCUUGCGUAGAGAAUAAUGUUGGGAAUGUUGCAGGGUUUAACGGCAAAGAUGGCGAGUGUGUCAGCGGUUACAGUCCCUUAAAUACAACCCAGUAGUUGUUUAUACCCAUGGUAACUGGCAUGAUAGUUUGUGUAAAUAUUAACCUGUAACUACAAAAUUUGAGAGGAACGUGGUAAACUGACUUUUAUUGGCCUGAGUGUGCAUGUUUGCGUUUUAUGUUGAACAAUGUUGUAUUUUAUUACCUACUGUAUUUAAUGUACGUUAGACCUUUUACGUCUAAGAUGAGUUUUACAUUGUUUUUGGAGAAAUGUUCCACAGAUCUGGUGUAUUCACAACUGAUUAACACGUUUGACAACUUGAAAUUUCUCUCUAUUGGGUAAACCUCAGAUCUUGUCUACCUUUGUACUAGACAGUAGGAGAUAUAAUUGAAGGUCAAAUGGGGGGGAAAUGGCAGAGAAGGGCUACAACACAAAAAAUUGCAUUAAUUUAACUACAGGUCUAGAUAAUAUAUGAAUUUGGCAACAGGGAGCUGUGUCCAAAAUAAGUUUCUCAAAUUCAGAAAACAUAUCCCAACAGAACCCAAAUAUAACAUGCGGCACAUACAAGUUAAUGUGCUGUGGCUAUCUGCGUGGUGUGGAUUAGUCAAAGAGCAGCUUGUAGCACAACAAAA